AGCUAGAACGUAUAUAAAGAUGGCGCUGUAACAAGAGAAUUGAGGCAAAGAAAACAUGGAGAAGAAGAAUAAUCUUGUACAAUGCUUUUGCUUCUUCUCCCUUUUCUUUUCUCUUAUACCCACAUCACAAUCUUUCAACUAUGCCGAUGCUCUAUCGAAGAGUCUCCUUUACUUUGAAUCUCAACGUUCCGGUCGCUUACCUUAUAACCAAAGAGUGACAUGGCGCCACCAUUCCGGUCUCACCGACGGCCUUGAACAAGGCGUGGAUUUGGUAGGAGGGUACUACGAUGCAGGGGACAAUGUGAAGUUUGGUCUGCCAAUGGCGUUCACCAUAACAAUGCUUUCAUGGGGUGUUAUUGAAUAUGGAAAUGAAAUUGGCGAUGCCGGAGAGUAUGAACAUGCCCUUGAAGCUAUCAAAUGGGGGACUGAUUAUUUCAUCAAAGCGCAUACUCAUCCAAAUGUCUUGUGGGUUCAGGUGGGUGAUGGCUACACGGAUCAUUACUGCUGGCAACGACCAGAGGACAUGACAACGUCACGACAAGCCUACAAGGUGGAUGCAAACAACCCUGGGUCGGAUGUGGCAGGAGAGACAGCUGCAGCACUGGCAGCAGCCUCAAUCGUAUUCAGGAAAACAAACCCACAUUACUCCCACCUACUAUUGCAUCACGCUCAACAAUUGUUCGAGUUUGGGGACAAGUACAGGGGGAAAUAUGACGAGAGUGUGAAGGUGGUGAAGGGUUACUAUACGUCGGUGAGUGGGUACAAGGAUGAGUUGUUAUGGGGAGCCUUGUGGCUAUACAAGGCCACCGACAACGAGGCUUAUUUGAUGUAUGUGCUGGAAAAUGCUCAUGGAUUUGGUGGGAUCACUUGGGCCAUUUCUGAAUUUAGCUGGGAUGUCAAGUUUCCUGGUCUUCAAAUUCUUGCUUCCAUGUUACUAACAGAAGAGAGGCACAAAAAACACAAGCACAUAUUGGAGCACUACCAAUCAAAAGCAGAGUAUUAUCUCUGCUCUUGCCUCGACCAAAACAACGUUACUAAUGUGAAACGCACCCCAGGAGGGUUACUAUACAUCCGCCAGUGGAACAACCUUCAAUACGUAUCCACGGCUGCAUUUCUUCUCACAGUUUACUCUGAUCAUCUUUUGGCAUCAAAUCAACGGCUCAAAUGCGAUCGCGGGAUACUGGAUCCGCAGGAAAUUCUCAGUGUUGCCAAAUCACAGAUUGAUUACAUACUGGGAGCUAAUCCAGUGGGUAUGAGCUACUUGGUUGGGUACGGUACAGAGUAUCCUCAAAGAGUGCACCACAGGGGAGCAUCCAUUGAAUCAUAUAAAGGGAACAAGGGUUUUAUUGGGUGCACACAAGGGUAUGAUAUGUGGUACAACAGGCAAGAUCCAAACCCUAAUGUUGUGGUUGGGGCCCUUGUUGGUGGGCCUGAUGAGAAAGAUGAAUUUUCGGAUGAGAGGGGAAAUUACAUGCAAACUGAGGCGUGUACGUAUAAUACUGCAAGUCUCGUUGGUGUUUUAGCCAGAUUGCAAAGCUUAACAGAGGAUGAUUUCUCUGCUAAUCCAUCACUACUUGCUUCUAUAUAACAGAACAUUCUUUUCACAUUCAGGAUAAAAGAAAUUCAUUAAUCGAUUGGUUAUGGCAUCCGUCGAAGGUGAACUGACCCAAAAUUCUACCACCCUUUUCAUUUUAGGUGACAAAUUUUGUCUGAAAUAAGAGUGUUUUGAAAGAAAUCUUUUUCUCUUUUGAUUGAAUGUGCAGGAGUUUUUCAUAUGACAGAUAAUUAAGGUUGCUCGCCUUUUCAUAAAAAUGUCCUGAUGAGAUUGGCAUAUAUAUGUGGAGCAAGUGUCUUCGGUAUCAUAUGGUGUAAUUAGAUUUGUUACAUUUGUACACAUUGUUCGAUUUUCCCUUAGAUGUGGAGAAGACUGGACAUUUCGGGAUGUCAUUUUGUUCAUGAUUAUUAAAUCUGCGAUUAUCCAAGAAUAGGCCUUACUGUGGAUUGAUGUUAAAAGAAACCUUCUCUUUGUUAUUCAAUUGUUUUUUUCUCGGUUC